UCACCCUUCACCUGAAACCGUCACACCUCUCCGCUGUUUCUGUUUCGAGACCUUCAAGAUGCCUACACUAUACCAAGAGGAAUUUACAGUCCUCCACCAUCCUCAGGAGAAAAAAGAGUGAAAUAGAGAAGGUAACAGGGAGGCAGGAUGGCAGGUGCUGAGGGGGAUAGGGAGAACUGGGACGUGCUGGGCGAAUACUCCAACAAGACACUGAGACUCAAGGCUGACCGAUGGAUCAAAGCUGUCCAGAAUGAGGACACUCGCUCAACUCUACUUAACUUCUUCGACUCAGAUUCUGAACUGGUGGUAGUGAGUCUGAACUUAUCGAACCAGCUAGUGGCAACAAGCGAGGUGCCUGCCGGGUUGAGAACGAAGGCUGUGUACUUCCUGAAAUCGAGUGAUGUUCCUCUUAUACGCGAAGAAGAGACCAGCAAUGUCCGCGACCACGUCAUUUACGGGGAUAUCUCGCCUCAGCCACUGGACCAACUCUCUACUCUGAUUGAGGAGGUCAUCAUCCCUAUGCUGGAGAAUCCCGCUAACCGUAACGGGUGGCCGGAGAUGGUGUGUGAGGACGUGUCGCAUCAGCUGUACGCCCUCAGGGGCACUGUCUACCGCAUGUGGGGUCAGCUGCGGGGUCAGACGCUCCUACCACUACCCUUUGGCAUGGACUCCCUGGAGAAGGCUGAGAGACACGCCCUAGACACGGGAGAGAUGACGGACUCCCAGUUGAAGAGCGCCAUCGAGGGCGUGGUGAUCAAGUGGGUGCAUCAGGUGGAGGAGGUCCUCACACAGGACACGGAGGACUUGGCUGGCCCAGAUUACUUCCCGAAACCCCUGGAAGAGAUUCUCUUCUGGGGAAAACGUCGCGAGAACCUCACACACAUCUCCAACCAGCUGAGAGACAAGAAGGUACGGAUGAUGUCCAACAUGCUGGAGGUGACCGAGUCCGCCUACUACCCAGCCUUCGUUAAGAUGUGUGCUGAUGUUACUAUGGCUGUGGAGGAGGCGAGGGACGUCAUGAUCCAUCUGACACCCCUCAAACCCCUGCUGGAGGGUCUGGAGGCUGGGGAGUUCCAGGACGCUCCGCCACUCAUCCCUCCCCUCAUGCACUGUAUAUGUCUCUUGUGGGCCACCUGUCCCGCUUACCGCAAGCCUGACCGCAUCGUCACCCUCUUCAGAGAAAUUACUAACCUGCUCAUCAGUAUGGGGCGCAACUUCAUAGGGACUGUGGGGUUCCAGGCCGAAACUACGGAGCCACUUCAGAAGAUCAACACCUGCGUCUCUGUCCUCAAGACGUUCAGAGACAGCUUCCAGGAACACCGAGAAAAGGUACAUUCAUACUUUAAGGAGGAAGAGCGGCCCCGACGUUGGGAGUUCCACCCUACGCACGCCUUCUCCCGGAUGGACCAGUUCCUGUCACGUCUUGCUAAUAUCAAAGAGAUCUUCGACGUCGCUAAGGAAUUCCUGAAGAUUGAGAAGGUGGAAUUUGGAGGUCCAAAAGGCAAAGUUCUCGGUGCCAACAUCUCAUCUGUUUUCAGUGAAUUCAACGAGGCCUACACAGCGUUCUCCAUCCGCACGUACGACUGCUUGGACCCAGCUGAAGACGCCUUCGACGAGGGCCAUCAACAAUUCAAGAGGAAGGUGACUGAGCUGGAGCAGCGCCUCAGUCUCAUAGUGAAACACGCCCUUCAGGAGAGCCAAAGUCCCGAGUCUUACUUUAAGGAGUUGUUUGAACAAUGGCAACAAGGCACGACUGUAUUACAAGACGAAGAUGGCCGCCCUGAGGAAGUGUUUGAGGAUGAUGAUGUGGUGCAGAUGAGGGGUAAGGACGACGACCCCUACAGCGUACCUCACCGCUACUUCCCUCCUGUGGUGGGAAAACUCAAGUGCCUCAGGGAAGUGAAUGACCGAGUGGCAGGAAACAUGCAGACUUUUUCUCAGCUGAGUCACCCCCUGGUUAGUAGUGAGGAGGGCGUGUCCCUUCAGCGGCAGUGGCAGGAGGUGCAGAGUGGACUGGAAGAGUACAUGAAAAAGGUAGUGGAGGAGUGGAGAGCUUUGGCUUCUGCUGACUACACUCACGCCCUCAGUCAGCCCAUCCUCCAACGUCGUCACGACUCUACCAUCGCUGUUAACUUCAGCUCAGAGCUGGUGAGAGCGCUUCAGGAGCUGAGAUACGUGUGGGUGGUGGGCGAGGGCGUUAAAGAUGGCGCAGAGCUGGCCUCCUGUCGUAGCACCUUCAGAAAAUACACCACCAACCUGCAACUGGUCACUGACUGGUACAAUCACAUUAGAAUAAAUACCAAUGAUGUUGAAUUCAACCUCAUCAAACAAGAGAUGGACGACAUAGACGAAACGAUCCUGAGGUCCGAAAAGGAACUCACCUGGAACUCUGAGGGAGUGUGGGAGUAUAUUGAGGUGCUGCGGGACUCCGUGAGUGACCUGGAAAACCGCGUACAGAAGGCACAGGCCAACGUAAGGCGUCUAGACAAUAUUCUAGCCACUUGGAUCCAGAAACCGAUCUUUGAGAGGCGUGACGGCAAGAGAGACACGUUACUCAACUUAGACGAUAAGGCUGAGAGACUCAAAAAGGUGUACAGCAACAUGGAGCGUGAUGGAGCUAAGAUCUCAGCCAUGGUGGAAGAGAACAAGGCCCUCCUGAAAGUUCCCGACACAUCCAGACACUGGGACAGGUACCUCCUCUUCCUUGACCACAUGAUAACUCGAGGCCUCGUCGAUGCUGCCAGCUGCAGCUUAUUCUACCUGUUGGACAACUGUGAGUCCCGAGUGAAUCAGUUCCCAUUGUUGGAGGCACGGCUGGAACUACACGACACCCAUCUUAACAUCCGACCCACCCUGGAGGAGCUUCGGGGUUUAGCCGAGACCCUAGUCAACGACAUUCUCUACGUCUCUACUCUCGUACCUCGCCUGGUCACCCACAUCCACCCCACCUACCUGCCAGACGUAGAGAAGGAUGAGGAGAUAGUUGAGCUAAAGGAGACGCUGCUGGGGAGAUUCCAGGUUGCAGCAUCGAAAACAACAGAACAUCGGGAUCAAUUCUUGCAGCACCAGGCGCUCUGGAAAGAUCGACGUAGUGACGUCCUUGACAAGUUUCUUACCUCAGGCGAUGAUGGUGUCCAGCCCUCACUGCCACAGUUUAGACAACAGAUUGACCGUUAUGAGGCGCUGUAUACAGAGCUGGAGGCCAUCGAGACGACUGUGGUAUUUGAUAAGUGGUUCCGGCUGGAUGUGCGUCCUUUCAAACAUAGCUUGCUUGAAAACACCAAAAAAUGGGCCCGCAUGUACAAGCAGCACCUUAUAAGUCAAGUCACAGAUCGUCUGACGGAACUGGAUAAGUUCAUCAAGGAGACCGAGAUUGGUGUAGCGCAAGACCUUGGUAACGGGGACUACGACAUCCUGGUCUCCAUAAUGGCCCACUUGGUAGCUGUGAGGGACAGGAUUCACUCUACAGAUGCCAUGUUCGAGCCCAUCAAGGCGACGAUUGCAUUGGUGAGGCAGUAUGGCGACGACCUGCCCGAGACUAUGCACCUCAAGCUGCAGGAGCUGCCAGAACAGUGGGAGUCACUGAAGAAGCAGUGUGACCUGGUCCGCCAGCAUGUCGCCCCCCUCAAGGCCAACGAGGUCAACGGCAUCAGGAAGAAGUGCAUGAAGUUUGAGACUCGCCAGGCUAUUUACCGCGACAAGUUUAAGACAUAUUCCUUCUUCAACUUUGACUGUGAGCUGACAUACUGGCGAUUGGAGCGAGUGAAUUCCCGGGUGCAGCGCCUGGAGGAGGAGAUGCGUCAGCUGCAGGAAUCGGCAGCGCUGUUUGAAGUGGUGAUUCCAGAGUUUAAAUUCAUCAAAGCGUGCAGGAAGGAACUACGGAUGCUUAAGCAACUGUGGGACCACAUCUGUCUGGUGCGUGCCUGUGUGAACCACUGGAAGACGACCCCCUGGAGGGAAGUGGACGUUGAGAAUAUGGACAUUGAGUGCAAGAAGUUUGCCAAGGAUAUCAGAGCGCUGGACAAAGAAAUGAGGUCGUGGGAUGCUUACAUCAACCUGGACUCAACGGUGAAGAACAUGUUGACUUCCCUGAGGGCAGUGGCUGAGUUGCAGAACCCAUCCUUGAGGGAAAGGCACUGGGGCCAGCUUCUCGUGGCCACCAAGACCGAAUCUUCCACCAAGAACUUUGUGGCGAAUUUCGUGGAUAAUCCCGAGACGACUCUCGCUGAUCUGCUCCAACUGAACCUCCAUACCUACGAGGACGAGGUUAAAAACAUCGUCGAUAAGGCGGUUAAGGAGAUGUCCAUGGAGAAGAUCAUCAAGGAGCUGGAUGUCACCUGGGCUACCAUGGAGUUCAUGAUCGACAAGCAUCCUCGUACUGGCGUGGCGCUCAUUCGCACCUCGGAGGAGAUGAUCGAGACAUUGGAGGAGAACCAGGUUCAACUACAAAACUUAAUGACGUCCAAAUACAUCGAGCAUUUCCUGGAAGAAGUGUCUAUGUGGCAGAACAAACUAUCCAUCGCUGACCAGGUCAUCACGCUCUGGUUUGAGGUUCAGCGCACUUGGAGCUACUUGGAGUCGAUAUUUAUUGGGUCGGAUGACAUCCGCCGUCAGUUGCCUGAGGACUCGGCCCGAUUCGAUCAGAUUGACAUCGAUUUUAAGGAGCUGGUAGCGGAGAUGGUAGCCAAUCCCCAUGUCCUGCUCGCCACCAACCGGCAGGGCCUCUUCUCCGGAUUGGAGGCUUUGCAGGCUGAGCUGACCCUCUGUGAGAAGACCCUCGCCGAGUAUCUGGAGACCAAGAGACUUGCUUUCCCAAGGUUCUACUUUGUCUCUACAGCUGACCUCCUUGACAUCCUCUCCAAUGGCAACCAGCCUGUUAAGGUCACCAGACACCUCACGAAACUGUUCGACAGUAUCGCUUGUCUCAAGUUCUCCGAGGGCGACUCUACUGAUGCCAGCACUGCAGUGGGUAUGACAGCAAAGGACGGCGAGUAUGUGGAGUUCUGCUCCGUCACCAAGUGUGUCGGCCCCGUGGAGAAGUGGUUGAUGAGUGUGCUGGAGGUGAUGAGGGCCACGGUGCAGGCCAGAAUGACCGAUGCUGUGGUGGCCUAUGAAGACCGUCCCCGGGACCAAUGGGUGGGGGACUACCCUGCCCAGGUGGCGCUUACAGGAACGCAAAUAUACUGGACUGUGGAGGCAACUGCUGCUUUCUCCCGCCUCGAGGAGGGAUAUGAGAACGCCCUCAGAGACUACUAUAGGAAACAGGUCCAACAGCUGAACGCCCUCAUCUCCCUCUUGCUAGGGGAGUUGACGAGGCAGCAGCGUCAGAAGAUCAUGACCAUCUGUACCAUCGACGUUCAUGCACGAGAUGUGGUGGCACGCCUCAUCAGCGGCCGCGUGGAGAGUGCGGCAGAGUUUGCCUGGCAAUCACAACUCAGACACAGGUGGGAUGAGCAGCAAGGUGACUGUUUCGUGGACAUCUGCGACGCUCGUAUGAAGUAUGAUCACGAGUACCUGGGCAACACCACCCGCCUGGUGAUAACGCCACUGACUGACCGCUGUUAUAUCACCCUCACACAGUCUCUGCAUCUGGUGAUGGGAGGAGCUCCCUCAGGCCCGGCGGGUACUGGCAAGACGGAGACCACUAAGGACCUGGGUCGAGCACUCGGCAUGAUGGUCUACGUUUUUAACUGCUCUGAGCAGAUGGACUACAAGUCCUGUGGGAACAUUUACAAAGGUCUGGCUCAGACAGGCGCCUGGGGUUGCUUCGACGAAUUUAACAGAAUAUCCGUUGAGGUGUUGUCUGUGGUGGCAGUCCAGGUGAAAAGCGUCCAGGACGCCAUCCGUAACCGUAAGGUAACUUUCGACUUCAUGGGGGAGCCGAUCCGCUUGACCACGACGGUGGGGAUCUUCAUCACCAUGAACCCUGGCUACGCCGGCCGCACUGAGCUACCUGAGAACCUCAAGGUCCUCUUCAGGCCAUGUGCCAUGGUGGUGCCGGACUUAGAGCUGAUAUGUGAGAUCAUGCUGGUGGCUGAGGGCUUCAUCGAAGCCAAGGUGCUGGCCAGGAAGUUCAUCACUCUCUACAGACUCUGUCGGGAGCUCCUCUCCAAACAGGGACACUACGACUGGGGUCUCAGGGCCAUCAAGAGCCUGCUGGUGGUCGCUGGCUCCCUCAAGCGUGAUGACCCUGAACGCCCGGAGGACCAGGUGUUGAUGAGAGCCCUAAGAGACUAUAACGUGCCUAAGAUCGUCACCGAUGAUGUGCCAGUCUUCAUGGGUCUCAUCGGUGAUCUCUUCCCCGCCCUGGACGUUCCUCGUAAGAAAGACCUCGAAUUUGAGAAGGCCGUCAAAGAGGCUGCUGUUGAUCUGAAGUUGCAGCCAGAGGACAGCUUCAUUCUAAAGGUGGUGCAGCUGAAGGAACUGCUGGAGGUGCGUCACAGUGUGUUCAUCAUUGGUGGAGCAGGCACAGGCAAGACCCAGGUGUGGCGAACACUCUUUAGGACAAUGCACAACAUGAAGAAAAAGCCUAUCUGUUUUGAUCUUAAUCCCAAGGCUGUUACCCGAGAUGAGCUAUUCGGCUACAUCAACUCUGCCACCCGGGAGUGGAAAGACGGUUUGUUCUCCAGCCUGAUGAGGGACCAAGCUAACAUGCCAGGUGACGCACCCAAGUGGAUCAUCCUGGAUGGCGAUAUUGACCCUAUGUGGAUCGAGUCUCUCAACACACUCAUGGACGACAACAAGAUCUUGACGCUGGCGAGUAAUGAACGCAUUUCACUAACACCAAACAUGCGUCUGCUCUUCGAGAUCAGUCACCUGCGCACGGCGACCCCAGCCACGGUGUCCCGUGCAGGUAUCAUAUACCUGAACCAAGGUGAUCUAGGAUGGAACCCCUAUGUGACCAGCUGGAUUGAUCGACGUGAAGUGCAGAGUGAGAAAGCCAACUUGAUGGUGCUCUUCGACAAGUACAUCCCCACCUGUCAAGAGAUACUGCGCAUGCGCUUUAAGAAAAUAACUCCCAUGCCAGAGAUUAGCCAUCUGAUGAUACUUUGUAAUAUGCUGGACUGUCUCCUCACACCUGAAAAUACCCCGCCAGACAGCCCAAAGGAAGUGUACGAGCAAUAUUUUGUAUUUGCUCUCGUUUGGGCCUUUGGAUCAGCGCUCUAUCAAGACGGAAACAUUGACUACCGUGUAGAGUUUAGUAAGUGGUUCCAACAAGAGUUCCGGAUGGUGAGGUUCCCGAGUUCUGGUAACGUGUUUGACUACUUCAUCGAGCGAGACACACUGAGGUUUGCCCCCUGGACCGAGAAGAUACCCAAGUUUGAGUUGGAUCCAGACACACCCCUGCAGUCGUUGAUGGUCCACACGAGCGAGACUGUGAGACUCAAGUUCUUCAUCGACCUGCUGAUGACCAGGUGCCACCCAGUGAUGCUCGUUGGCUCCUCAGGCUGUGGCAAGUCAGCGCUCCUGAACGAGAAACUCAACUCCCUGACAGAGGAGUUCUCUGUCUGCAACGUUCCCUUCAACUACUACACCACUUCAGAGUUGUUGCAACGAGUGUUGGAGAAGCCAUUGGAGAAGAAGGCUGGCAGGAACUAUGCUCCACCUGGCAACAAGAAACUUGUGUACUUCAUAGACGAUAUCAACAUGCCUAUGGUGGACCAAUAUGGCACGGUACAGCCCCAUACCCUCAUCAGGCAGCACCUGGACUAUGGUCACUGGUACGACCGCACGAAACACACCCUCAAGGAUAUCCACAACGUACAGUACGUGGGCGCCAUGAACCCAACCGCCGGCUCCUUCACCAUCAACCCUCGGCUACAGCGACACUUCAGCGUCUUCGCCGUCAGCUUCCCUAGCAUGGAGAGCCUCAACCUUAUCUACUCCUCCUUGCUCGACCAACACCUGAAGAGUGCCUCCAUGAAAUUCAACCCGACGCUGAUCCGGAUGACGGAGCCACUGGUCCAAGCUGCCCUACAGUUACACCAGAAGGUUACUCUUACCUUCCUGCCCACCGCCACUAAGUUCCACUACAUCUUCAACCUCCGUGACCUCACCAACAUCUUCCAGGGUCUCUUGUUCUGCACGGGGGAAACAGUGAAGGCACCGCUGGAGCUACUGCGGUGUUGGCUUCAUGAGACCCAGAGGGUGUACGGCGACCGACUCCUUGAGGAGAAGGACAUGGAGAUGCUUACCAAACUUCAAGUUGACGUCACCAAGAAGAUCUUUGAGGAGCUGGAAGAGUCCGAGGUGAUGGCCAAGCCCAACGUGUUUUGCCACUUUGCUCGUGGAGUGGGUGAGCCUCGCUACUUGCCUGUCAAGUCGUGGACUGAGCUCAACUCCAUCCUGCAGGACGCCCUCACCACCUAUAAUGAACUGAAUGCUGCUAUGAACCUGGUGCUUUUCGAAGAUGCCAUGGCACAUGUCUGCAGGAUCAACCGCAUCCUGGAGUGUCCUCGGGGGAACGCCCUGUUGGUGGGUGUGGGCGGCUCGGGUAAACAGUCCCUGGCACGCCUCGCUGCCUUCAUAUCUGGUCUGGAGGUGUUCCAGAUCACCCUCACCAAAGACUAUGGACUUCAGGAGCUCAGGAGUGACCUGGCCAACCUGUACCUGCGAGCCGGCCUCAAGAACCUAGGCACCGUUUUCCUGAUAACGGAUGCUCACAUCCCGGACGAGAAAUUCCUGGUGCUCAUCAACGACCUACUGGCGUCUGGAGAGAUCCCGGACCUCUUCCCAGAAGACGAGGUAGAGAACAUUGUCUCAUCUGUGAGGAAUGAGGUGAAGAGCACAGGCCAGCAGGACACACGAGAAAACUGCUGGAGGUUCUUCAUCGACCGCGUCAGGAAGAACCUUAAGAUGGUCCUCUGCUUCUCUCCUGUUGGUUCCACCCUCAGGGUUCGGGCCCGCCAGUUCCCAGCCAUCAUCAGCUGCACCACCAUCGACUGGUUCCACGAGUGGCCGCAAGAGGCGCUGGUGUCUGUCUCCGAGACCUUCCUGGGCAACAUUGUGUACUUGCCGGAGGGGCUACGAGAGUCUGUGUCCAAGUUCAUGUCUCAUGUACAUGGGUCCGUCAAUGACAUGAGCCGCCUCUACCUUACUAAUGAUCGUCGUUAUAAUUAUACUACACCCAAAACCUUCCUCGGCUUCAUUUCGCUCUACUCCAACCUGCUUUGUGCCAAACACAAUGACCUCCAGGCAAAGAUUGAGAGACUCAUGAAUGGUCUGGAGAAACUGAGAACCACUUCAGCCCAGGUUGACGCCCUCAAGGCCAAGCUGGCAACGCAGGAGGUGGAGUUGCAGAAGAAGAACGACGAGGCCGACAAGCUCAUCCGUAUUGUGGAGGCGGAGACUGCAAAGGUGUCCAAAGAGAAUGAGGUGGCCAAUGAGGAGAAGCGGCGGGUGGCCAUUAUCGAAACUGAGGUGGCAAAGAGGAGGAAAGAGUGUGAAGAAGAUUUGGUGAAGGCUGAACCCGCCCUCGUGGCAGCCAAGGAGGCGCUCCACACCCUCAACAAGGCUAACCUCACGGAGCUGAAAUCCUUCGGCUCACCACCUUCAGGAGUAUCCAGCGUGACAGCUGCUGUAAUGGUGCUCCUGGCGCCUAAUGGCAAGAUCCCUAAAGAGCGCUCCUGGAAGGCUGCUAAGGUGAUGAUGGCGAAGGUGGACCAGUUCCUCGAUCAGUUGAUUAACUAUAACAAGGAGGACAUUCACCCUGAUAUCAUCAAGGCCAUCCAUCCAUACUUGGAGAACCCAGAGUUUAAUCCAGACUUCAUCCGCUCCAAGUCUGUAGCGGCAGCAGGUCUCUGCUCGUGGGUCAUCAAUAUCAUCCGUUUCUUUGAGGUGUACUGUGACGUGGAGCCAAAGAGACGCGCCUUGGAGGAAGCCAACGCUGAGCUGGCUGCUGCCCAGAACCGUCUUACCUCCAUCACCUCCAAGAUAAAGAGUCUAGAGGAACAGCUGGGUCACCUCCGGGCAGAGUUUGACAAAGCAACAGCAGAGAAGAUGAGAUGUGAGAAGGAGGCCAACAGCACGGCGCACACCAUUGCCUUGGCCAACCGUCUGGUGGGAGGCCUCUCGUCUGAGAAGAUCCGCUGGUCCGAGGCCGUCUCCCAUAUGCACAACUCUGAGAAGACUUUACCCGGAGACAUCCUGCUAGUGUCGGCUUUCAUCUCGUAUGUUGGCUGCUUCACCAAACACUACCGUCGUGACUUGAUGGACAAGAUGUGGCUACCUCUCCUUCAGAAGCUCAACCCAAUGAUCCCCAUCACACACAACCUCGAUCCCAUCAAGUUGCUAACGGACGACGCCACCAUCGCCGUCUGGAACAACGAAGGACUGCCCUCUGACCGCAUGUCCACCGAGAAUGCUAUCAUCCUCACCAACUCUGACCGCUGGCCGCUCAUCAUUGACCCUCAGCUACAAGGAAUCAAGUGGAUCAAGGCAGGUACGGCGACGCCCUGGUGGGCAAGGUCUGGACCAAAAGAACUGUCUGACCAGUUGGAAGUUGCCAUCACCAAGGGCAGCACUGUUCUCAUUGAGAACCUCCCAGAGAGCCUUGACCCAGUUCUUGCUCUAAUAGGCAAAAACCUCAUCAAGCGUGGACGAGCGCUGAAGAUCGGUGAUCGCGAGAUCGAGUACAACCCGACCUUCCAACUGAUCCUCCACACCAAGUUGGCUAAUCCUCACUACAAGCCUGAGCUACAGGCUCAGUGUACCCUCAUCAACUUCACCGUCACCAGGGAUGGACUCGAGGACCCUCUGGCCGAGGUGGUCAAGGCUGAGAGACCAGACCUUGAAGAGCUGAAGUACAAUUUGACAAAGCAACAGAACGACUUCAAGAUCCAGUUAAAGCACCUUGAAGACGACCUCCUGAGUCGGUUGUCUUCGGCAGAUGGGAACUUCCUGGGAGACACAGCUUUGGUGGAGAACCCUGGAACACAAAGCCACUGCCCAGAAAUCCGAAAAGGUUUGAUAGUAGCAGAGGCUCGAGUUACCAGUGUGCAAAUUGACGAGGCAAGGAUGUAUCGUCCUGCUGCGCCGCGCCUCCCUCCUCUACUUCAUCUCAACGACCUUCACAAGAUUAACCCUAUAUACCAGUUCUCAGCGUUCAGAGUAGUGUUCCAAAAAGCCAUUGAACGCUCGGAGGCCAACGAAGAGGUGCGAUUAGAGGUAGCGUUGAUCGACACCAUCACUCACAGUGUGUUUCUGUACACCACGAGGGCUUUUCAGAAGGACAAACUCAUCUUUGCCGCCCAGAUGACCUUUCAGGCUAGUGGUCAAAAUUUUCCUUCAACAGAUUAUUGUGCCGUCUUACCUAAUGUUUAUGGCUCACAGGUGCUGGCGUCUUCCCUAAUGUUUAUGGCUCACAGGAACUUGGACCGGGACAUAGAGAACAGCGUAAAGCGGUGGCGGAUGUACUGUGAGUGUGAAUGUCCGGAGAGAAAGCUGCCUGGCGAGUGGAAGAGUCGCUCUGAUGCAGCGGCUGGUUAUCAUGAGGUCAUAAUACAGGGCUUGCAGCCUCUUUCAAGUAGUUUCUCACAACCUAUCCCCAAGUCAUUCCUGCAUCUCUUGACCCAGUUAUUCAUUGAAGAACGUAUGGGUCGGAAUGUGGAAGGAGAAAACAUUGACUUCUCUCAGAGUUACCAGGAGUCCGGCCAUCCCCCCAUCUUCUUCAUUCUCUUCUCUGGUGUUAAUACUUACAAGGAGGUGGAGCGUCUGGGCGAGCGUCUCGGCAUACACUAGGAAAACCGUCGCCUUCACAACGUGUCUCGGCCAAGGUCAGGAAAGGUCGCUGAGGAGGCCCUCAAGAUUGCUCAAGAAGGUCAUUGGGUCAUCCUGCAGAACAUCCACCUGGUGCGUCAGUGGUUGCAGGUUGAGAAGAAGCUGGAGGCUCAUUCAGACGCUGCCCACCAAGACUACCGCGUCUUUACUGAACCUGCAAACAGACCUGAGAACCACAUUCUGCCCUCAGGUAACAUAACUCUUUCGGCCAUCAAGAUCACUAAUGAGCCGCAGGGCAUGCAGGCCAACCUCCACAAGGCCCUAUAACUUCACGCAGGAGACCUCGAGAUGUGCUCUAAGGAAGCCGAGUUUAAGUCCAUCCUUCUCCUGUGUUACUUCCACGCCUGCGUUGCCGAGCGGAGAAAGUUUGCGCAAGGCUGGAACCGACCAUACCCCUUCAACACAGGUGACCUAACCAUCAGCGUUAAUGUGCUGUGCAAUUACCUGGAGGCCAAUAGCAAGGUGCCAUGGGAGGAUCUCCGCUACCUGUUCGGGGAGAUCAUGUAUGGCGGCCACAUCACUGACGACUGGGACCGUGUUCUCUGUCGAACCUACCUGGAGGAGUUCCUGCACCUGACCAGGUAACUUCUUGACGGGGAGUUGAACCGCCCAGGCCCCACACCACCGAACUUGGACUACUCUGGCUAUCACAGCUACAUUGACACCUGCUUGCCCGCUGAAUCUCCACAUCUGUAUGGCCUUCAUCCCAAUGCAGAAAUUGCUUUUGACCAUGACAUCGAGCACCUGUUUAAGACGGUGUUUGAGCUGCAACCAAGGGAUAUGGGGAACUGAGGCGUGGUCAUCACAAGAGAAGACAAGGUGAAACAAACACUGGAUGAAAUCAUAGAGAAGCUACCGGAGGAGUUCAACAUGGUGGACAUCACGGGAAAGGUGGAAGAGCGCACCGUAUGUGGUGGUUGCUUCCAGGAGUGUGAGAGGAUGAACCUACUUACACGCAACAUCCGCUCCACUCUGAAGGAGCUCGACCUGGGCUUUAAGCUGGCACACGCCAAGGCAUUUGGGUCUGGUUCAAAGAAACAGCUGUUGUUAGCUGGUUCUGGGUUACAACCUCCAGCAGUUGCCUGUCAUCAUCUGGGGAGGGGAACUGAAGAUGACGUCAUCGAUGGAGGAACUGUAGUCAUUGUUCCUGGACCAGGUGCCAGAGAGCUGACGGCACGGGCCUACCUCCACCUUGGCCUCACUGCCUGGUACAUGCCGACUCCUGAGGAUGAAUACCUGGGUCGGCGACUUUCAGUUGAUAUAAAAUGCAGAGAUGCAUUGCCGACCACACUGCUCCCUUGUGUACAGAAGCCAGGAGGUGGCUUUAUGCUGCAGGUUCCUCCAUCAGUGUGGCUUGCGGGCUUAAUCCUCAGAGCCUUUGACAGCAACUGCAAACACCGCCCGCAGUGUGAGCUUCCUGACCAGAUGUGUCUGCAGGAUGUCACGCCGCGGAGGAGUUACGUCCAUGGACUCUUCCUCGAGGAGUGGGACCUCGACAACUCAAUUCUCAUAGACUCCUGCCUGAAAGAACUCCAUCCUCAGAUUCCUGUCAUCUUCAUCAAAGCCAUCACGCAGGACAAGGCGAACAGGAAUCUGUACAAGUGUCCGCUCUACAAGACCGCCAGCGUGGCCACUUAUGUCUGGACCUUCAACCUCAAGACUAAGAAACCAGCUAAGUGGAUCCUCGCGGGGUGGCUCUGCUUCUUCAAGUUUAAACUGGAUCUUUCUCCUCCAAAUGUAGCCCAUGGUUCUCGUCAUAUUUCUUUGUCUUAAUGUGGCUCAUUUACACUUAAAUCUGGAUAUCUUUUGUCAAAAUUAUGGUAACCAUCUGCUAGAGGUGUAAUCUGACUCCUCUCCUUCAGACAUGACCUGAUCAUUCUGCUAGUUUUAUCAUGAUGUAAACAAACAGUGGUGCCUCAUCUUCAAAAACUUGACAUCAGUUCAGUUAAGAAAAUAAGAAACCUCU